GUUUUCGAUUGCCGUUAUGUGACUACCACGAGCGGAAUGUUUGAGGCCAUUUGUAAUCACAUCAAAUAUGCCACUAACAAGGGAAAUUUAAGGUCAGCAAUAACGAUAUUUCCACAGCGAACCGAUGCCCGUCACGAUUAUCGCAUCUGGAACUCACAGCUUAUCUCGUAUGCCGGCUACAAGCAGCCGGAUGGCAAAAUUAUUGGCGACCCUAUGAAUGCAGAAUUUACAGAGGUCUGCCUCAAACUCGGCUGGAAGGGAAAAGGCACCGAAUGGGAUAUUUUGCCAUUGGUCGUCUCAGCCAAUGGUCAUGAUCCAGACUAUUUCGAUUAUCCACCGGAAUUAAUUUUGGAAGUUCCAUUAAGUCAUCCAAAUGGCUGGUACAUGUCCACCGAGAUUGGUUGUCGGAAUUUGUGCGAUGUUAAUCGGCGAAAUAUUUUAGAGACUGUGGCAUUGAAAAUGAAUUUGGAUACCCGCACCCCAACCUCCCUGUGGAAGGACAAGGCCUUGGUCGAAGUCAACAUUGCUGUGCUGCACUCAUUCCAAAGUCGCAACGUGACCAUUGUCGAUCAUCAUACGGCCAGUGAGAGUUUCAUGAAACACUUUGAAAAUGAAUCGAAAUUGCGCAAUGGCUGUCCCGCCGAUUGGAUAUGGAUUGUCCCACCAAUGUCAGCAUCGAUAACACCCGUCUUUCAUCAGGAAAUGUCGCUGUACUAUUUACGGCCAUCCUUUGAAUAUCAGGAUCCUGCAUGGCGCACCCACAUCUGGAAGAAGGGACGCGGCGAGGGCAAGAGCAAGAAGCCACGACGUAAAUUUAAUUUCAAACAAAUUGCCAGGGCUGUGAAAUUUACAUCGAAACUAUUUGGACGUGCUUUAUCGAAACGUAUCAAAGCAACCGUUCUGUAUGCAACCGAAACAGGAAAAUCGGAACAGUAUGCCAAGCAAUUGUGCGAAUUAUUGGGGCAUGCAUUCAAUGCUCAGCUCUAUUGCAUGGCUGAUUACGACGUUUCAUCGAUUGAACACGAGGCUCUGCUAAUUGUGGUGGCCUCCACAUUUGGCAAUGGUGACCCACCGGAAAAUGGAGAGCUCUUCUCCCAAGAUUUAUAUGCUAUGCGAGUUCAAGAAUCAGGAGAAAGUGGUCAGGAUUCCAGCAUUGUAACCUCAUCGAAAUCCUUUAUGAAGGCAAGCUCAAGACAAGAUUUCAUCAAAUUGCCACUGCAACAAGUGAAGAAAAUCGAUAGAUGGGAUUCAUUGCGUGGUUCAACAUCCGAUACCUUUACCGAAGAGAAUUUUGGACCGUUAUCGAAUGUGAGAUUUGCCGUGUUCGCUUUAGGCUCUUCGGCAUAUCCAAAUUUCUGUGCAUUCGGCCAAUAUAUUGACAAUGUUUUGGGAGAAUUGGGCGGAGAGAGGUUACUCAAAGUCACCUAUGGCGAUGAAAUGUGUGGCCAGGAACAAUCGUUUCGUAAAUGGGCUCCUGAAGUGUUUAAGGUGGCGUGUGAAACAUUUUGUCUGGAUCCGGAUGAAAGUUUGUCGGAAGCCUCUAUGGCUUUGCAAAAUGAUUCGUUGACCGUGAACACAGUACGUUUGGUACCGGCCAAAACUAAGGGAACCAUGGAACAAUUGCUCUCGAAAUAUCACAACAAAAAGGUGACCUGUUGUCAGAUCAAAGCACAUCCUCACAAUUUGACAAAUAGUGGUAAUGGAGAGAAGACCACAAUUUUGCUGGAAAUCUCGGCACCUGGUAUUGAUUAUGAGCCGGGAGAUCAUGUUGGCAUAUUCCCAUCAAAUCGACCUGAAAUUGUUGAGGGUUUACUGAAACGUCUAACCGGUUUUGAGGACCCCGAUGAAUUGUUGCAGCUGCAGUUGCUGAAAGAGAAACAGACCUCCAAUGGAAUUUUCAAAUGUUGGGAGUCUCAUGAUAAAAUACCCGCUGAGAGUAUGCGUACCCUUUUGACGAAAUUCUUUGAUAUCACUACCCCACCCUCAAGACAAAUGUUAACCCUCCUCUCGGGAUUCUGUGAAGAUAAUCAUGACACGGAAAGAUUACAGUUACUCGUCAAUGAUUCCUCAGCCUAUGAAGAUUGGCGCCAUUGGCGUUUACCCCAUCUGUUGGAUGUCCUUGAAGAGUUCCCCUCGUGUAAGCCUCCCGCAUCAUUGGUGCUGGCCAAUCUGAUGCCACUGCAGUCACGUUUCUAUUCCAUUUCAUCGUCACCGAGAAAAGUCAACAAUGAGAUUCAUUUGACAGUGGCCAUUGUUAAGUAUCACAGUCAGGAUGGUGAGGGUGAUGAACGGUUUGGGGUCUGUUCCAAUUAUUUGGCCAGCCUAAAUGCCAAGGAUGAUGUUUAUUUGUUUGUACGUAGUGCUCCAGGCUUUCAUUUACCUUCGGAUACGACGAGGCCAAUCAUAUUAAUUGGUCCGGGUACUGGUAUAGCACCGUUCCGUUCAUUUUGGCAAGAAUUUGAAAUGAUGCGAGAGAUGAAUGGUGAAUGUGAGCUGCCCAAGGUGUGGUUGUUCUUUGGAUGCCGCAGCCAUAGUGUGGAUUUAUAUGCGGAAGAAAAGAAGCGCCUGGUAGAGGAGAAAAUAUUGGAUCGGGUAUUUUUGGCACUAUCACGAGAGCCGGAUAUGAAAAAGACUUAUGUCCAAGAUUUGAUUGAACUGGAAUUUGAUUCAUUGUACAAUUUGAUUGUGGAGCAACGUGGCCAUAUCUAUGUAUGUGGAGAUGUCACAAUGGCUGAGCAUGUCUAUCAGACAAUACGGUAA